UCUCUGUCGUGGUGUUCAUGGGCAGGGGUGAAAAAUAGAUUUCAAAGGGAGAGCUUUUCUGAGGGAGGAGAACAACUCACAGGCAACACACACUCACACACAAAAAAACACACACAUACAGCAGCAGCUGAGAAGAAGAACCAAGAGCCAUCACCAUGGUGACUGCACAGCCAAGCCACUGCAGCCCAUAGCUCUGACCACCACGACUCACUGGAACAGCAGAGGACCAAGCAGCUGGAUCUGCUGGGCUGUUGCAGGGGUCGUUGUCAUUGUCGAUGUCCUCGAUCAAAACAGGGCUCUUGUAGAUGCCCCUGAUAUGGUGCGUACCCAAAUGAAUUUCAAGAGGCUUUCACUCACCGAUAUCACGAUUGACAUUAAAAGGGUUCCAAAGAAGAAGACUCUGGUUGCAGCCAUGGAUGCUGCUGAUGUCAAGAACAAAUGGGAGAACAGUUCUUGGGGCAGGAAGCGUAUUGUGCAGAAGAGAAGGGUUGACCCAGAUGAAGAUUUGGAUGCCCGGAACUGGAAUGUGGAUAAAUCAAAGAAAAUGUUGGAAGAGACAGGAAACUGAAGGUAUGUGUAGAGGUCCGGCGGGCGGCCAAGGCGAGGCUGCCGCCCGCCGGUGAAGCAGAAUUAUUCGAUUCUAAACCUGCUCUGAUACCAUGUUAAAUUUGAUGUAUAAAGAGAAAUAGAAAAUUGUAUUAUUGAUUGAUAUUAGAUCUGAUACAUUGAUAUGUUAUAUUACAAAGCAGAGUAGCUCAUUAUAUAGGAGAGAGUUU